GCGUUGCGUCAUUGCUCGUGAGAUGACCAAGCUACAUGAAGAAUUCUGGAGGGGUACUAUUGGGGAAGCAGAAGCCACUUUCUCAACUCACCAACCAAAGGGCGAAAUCACACUGUUAAUUGAAGGAAUCACUGUGGGUGAGGACGAAACACUUUCCGAGUCCAAACUGGAAAAUGAGUUGGCAGAAUUUAUUUCCAGUGGUCACAGUUUGUCUACGGUACAAAAGAAUUCACCUUUGUUUCCGACACUUUUCCAGACAGCAGUUUAAUGAAGUCCUAAUCGUAUGUUGUCGACAAUAUCUGAAGGAGCCGUGCUGCCAAUCAAUGGCUUCGUUUUAUCCAAGUGAAGGAGACAUGCUUCCCACUGCUUAUUUGCUGAACCCGAAGCUCGUUUCUUAUUCAUCGCCACAGCACGACGAAAGCAACAAUAAGGUAUAUCUUACCCCGCCUUGUGUUCCUCUGUCCUACCAGAAUUUGCUGUCUGGUGGCGCCGUCUCGGCUCAGCCCGAAUCCAUCAGAACUAGAGAUGACGGCGUGCCUCCAGUUAUGUCGGAUUCUGGACAAAAUUAUGGAUUGUCUCUUACUCUGGGAUGCGAAGAACAGUUGCGUUCGGAUUUGAACCCGUACCCCUACACAAAUUCGACUCUCUGCUCAUUGUUAAGCUCAGAUGUGCAAUCAGACCUUCAGCUUUGUGAAAACAAUGGCCUCAAGAAUGUGCAGUACCUGUCGUUCGAUUUGGCCGGGCGAUCCUCCAAUACAGUCAACUACUGUACGAAUUUCGUUCCAUAUCUGCAGCAGCAUCAACCGCCGGCGACGCUGACAAUUUGCAACUCGAAAUAUCUCAAGGCGGCACAAGAUUUGCUUAAUGAAUUAGCAAGUGUUCAUCGAGCUCCAAAACCGACGGAAAAGUUCAAAAACAUCGGUCAAGAUGGCUCCGCCGCAUCAGAACAGAAGGAUCUAAUAUCUACCGAUAUGCCGGACUCGACCAAUAAGACUCUUUCCCCUUCCGAGCGUCAUGAUCUGCAGAAUAAGGUUGCGAAACUUUCCGACAUGCUAGAUGAGGUGAAUAGAAGAUACAGACAGUAUUGCCAUCAAAUUCAAGCCGUGGUGUCGUCGUUUGAUGGUGUUGUAGGGCACGGCGCAGCGCGGCCGUACACGUCGCUCGCGCUCCGGACAAUUUCUUGCCAGUUCGGCUCUCUGCGCAAUGCGAUCAAGAAGCAAAUUCAGGAAGCGCAAAAGAGCUUAGGCGAGCACGACGGUAAUCCCCACAGCGUCUUAACUCGUCUACGCAACAUGGACCAGCAGCUCCGGCAGCAAAGGGCGGCUCAGCAGUUCGGCGUGAUGCGACAGCCUUGGAGGCCGCAAAGAGGCUUGCCAGAAACCGCCGUCACCGUGCUUCGUUCUUGGCUUUUCGAGCAUUUUCUGCACCCCUACCCGAAAGACUCCGAAAAAAUUGUUCUUGCAAGGCAGACAGGGUUAACAAGGAGCCAGGUGGCGAAUUGGUUUAUCAAUGCUCGGGUACGACUUUGGAAGCCAAUGAUCGAGGAGAUGUACAAGGGGGAGUUCGGCGAUCCCGAAACCGAAUCGAAAUCAUCUCCCGAACUUGUAGCAGCAGGCGCGCAAGAAACUUCUACUCUUGACGGAAACGAGGAAGACUCGAAUGAAUUGAGGCCCGAUCAUGUUAUUCCCUACGACGUGGACAGGACUAGAUUAUCCUACGACAAUUUAUCGUUUCAAGGUUGGUAGCACGGCGACAGAAUUCGAGUCCGGAGGCGAUGUGGUUCGACGAGAUUAUCGUCGAGGAUGGAAAAAUACCGAAGAAUAAGACAGGUUAGCUGAAAAUACUGUGUAGAUACGAGAUACCUCUUAGGAAACACUAUACGUACGUACGUAGUCUUGGCAUGUUAACUGUAUAGAAGAAGUAUAUAUAGACAAUGUGGUAAUAUAUCAUCCAUUUUAUAUA